CAGGUCAGGGUGUCUAUUUGGAACACAGUGUUCUCAUCAGCGGCGGUGAAGCCACAGUACAGCCGGAACAUUGUGUUACUUUUGUGGCCGCUUUCCAAGACCUCCCCUUCAUUUCAUACGAAAACCCUCCCACUGCUCCUCUCUCUCCCUCCUCUCUCUGCGUAUUUUCCGCCUCUGUCCCUCCUCCAGAGUCACUUCGACUUGUGUGCUCCAUGUGGUCGCCUUACCGGUACCUUUGUAGUGAUGAAGCCGAGCGAAGGACGCCAAUCCCGGGCAAGAUAAGCAGUACCGCGACACCCGCACGGAGCAACAAUUCGAACCCGGGGACGUGAGCAGCGACUGGGAGCCACUCCUUUAGUUCCCCCCGGAGGAUCUUUUCGGGGUUUUCUUUUCCACGAAAGCACAAACAUCGUCACUGUGAUGCCCACAGGCAGACAUGACCACUGAUCAGGAUCUUUCUAUGGACGGGCCCUCAGCCCCGGCUGUGUUUGCUGCAAAGGGCGCUGAUGUCACGCCUAAAAAGGACCACGGAAUUAUCAAGGUUGUGAAACGUCAGGGAGAAGAUGGAGCGUGCCCGAUGAUAGGGGACAGAGUGACCAUCCAUUACACUGGAAGGCUUCUCACUGGGAAGAAGUUUGACUGUAGCAGAGAUCGGAAGGAGUCUUUUUCCUUUAAUGUUGGCAAGGGACAGGUCCUCAAAGCCUGGGAUAUUGGUGUGUUAUCCAUGCAGAGAGGAGAAGUGUGCACUUUAUUGUGUAAGCCAGAGUACGCUUACGGCUCCUCUGGAAAACCGGACAAAAUUCCUCCCAACUCAUCAGUGCUGUUUGAGAUCGAGCUGCUCAAGUUUGAAGGAGAGAAGCUGACAGAUGAUAGCGGCAUUGUACGAAGGAUCAAAGUCAAAGGGGAUGGCUACUUGAAUCCCAAUGAUGGUGCAAUCGUUUAUGUACAUCUGGAGGGGAGCUGUGACGGCCGAUUGUUCGAUCGCCGGGACGUCAGCUUCGUCGUCAGCGAGUCGGAGGAUAAAGGCGUUCCUCUUGGUGUGGACCGCGCCAUGGACAAAAUGCAGAAAGGAGAGUGCUGUAUACUUUACUUGUCACCAAAGUAUGGCUUUGGUUGCAGAGGAAAACCAGAAUUUAAAGUCGGACCAGACAAAGACAUCGUAUACGAGGUUACACUCAAAGACUUUAAAAGGGCUAAAGAACCCUGGGAAAUGGACUUGCACGAAAAGCUGAGUCUGGCCUCUGAAACCAAGCAUAAAGGGAAUCAGUAUUACAAGGGGGGACACUACUACCAGGCGGUGGUCCAGUACCAGCGCAUGGUUUCCUGGUUGGAGAUGGAGUGUGGCCGCGGCUUGGAGCAGCAGAAGUGCAUUAAUGACUUCCUGUUGACAGCCCACCUCAAUUUAGCGUUGUGUUUCCUGCGCAUUAAAGACUUCUCUCUUGUGGUGGAAAACUGCAACAAGGCGAUCGAGAUGGACGCUUGCAACGAGAAGGCUCUGUAUCGUCGUGGCGAGGCCCGUCUGCUCCGGAACGAGUUCAGCCUGGCCUUGGCGGACUUUCAACAAGUGCUGCAGGUCAACGCCGCCAAUCGAGCUGCUCGCUCCCAGAUGUCCAUCUGCCAGAGCAAGAUGAAGGAAUAUCACGAGCUGGACAAGAGGACCUACGCUAACAUGUUCCAGAAGUUUGCAGAGCGGGAUGCCAAGAUCGGGAGGACGAAAAGGCGGCGAGACGACGGUGUGAGGAGCAGCAUCAACGGUGAACUUGGCAUUAAACGUCGACGGAGUCAGGACCGCCUGGCAUACCAGUGACAUUUGUGUAGAAACCCAAGAAAAGACUCCGUCAGACUUGAAGCAGAGGCACACGCAAAUACUUCAAAAUACUCCAAUAUAGUGUGUACAAUGUACACGUCUCCAAUCACAAGGACUGCAUCAGAACACACCGCUGAGUGGCUCGAGGACCCCCCCCCCCCCUCCCCCCAACUGCCUCAACAGUGAAUGGUCACAUCCAAAUACAUUACUGUCUAUUGGGACUUCAACCUCAUGUACAAUUAUUUCCUUGUAUGAUAAGAUGUCUAAUUUAUGUGUGCAAGAUGAUUUUUUUUUUUUUAAAUCAAUAGCCCCUCCGACCCCGACCUCAAAGGAUGUGCCUCAUGGAAUGUUCCAAAUUGAGAAACUAGGAAUGGGGAGUAAGCACAAAAAUAAAUAACACAUCAACAGUUAUUUUGUAGGUUGAAAUCAAUAUGAGAUUUUAAGGUGUUGACUUUAGGGAACUGUCCAUGGGAAGCGGAGGAAUGUUGGAACUAACAACAGAAAUGAACAAGAAUGCAUGUUAGGGUCUAGUGUGGAGCCUCCAUGCCGGAAUUUAAAUACAUCUACUUUCAAAACAGUGCAUUCAAGUUCAAAUAUGGUGUCUUUGAACCCCUCAUGGCUCAUAACUUGUUUUUGUACUGUUCCCUGUUUCAAACGAAUGAGCACAAUUCCCAUGCAUUCCUGUUAAUUCCUGUAAAAAUCCUUCCGAUUUUGGUAAUUCCCAAAAUUUUUCAACACUAAACAAGCAUUUGUUUAUUUUUAUUUCUUACAAAAUCUAAGGAUAAAUUUUAUCUUGGCCAAAAAACGAGGCAAAGGAAGAAUACUUCCACAGGAAUACAUACUGUACACACAAUAUACAGUAUAUACUUCAUACAGUUCAACCAAAAAUGAGUCCUAAUGUGGACACAUUUUGAGUUUGUGAUGUUUUAAUUUGUUGAAUGUGUAUCUUUUUUGCUGGACAUGACAAAAUAGGCUCUAAGAUGCCGUUUUCUUAAAGGAAAAGUGCACCUUUGGGGGAGAGAGACAUGAACACACAUCUUUCUAUUUUCUGUAAAAAAUAAGAAGUAGCUAAUGCACGUAAUGGGACACACCUAUUCAGUGUGUCCCAUUAUGUGUAUUAAUUAAGGAUUGUGUAUGAUGGGCAUGAUGAUUUGGAGUGCAUGAGAAAGCAUGAAGGAAAGCCUAGCUCUGUUUGACCACAUGUACAACAAAGCAGCAACAGAACCAAUGUUGUAAUAGCGGGAAAGAGCAAACAGCUUAGUCAGCAUUUGAAUGCAACACUUGCUGGCUGGCUAACUAGCAUGACUGACAUUUUAAAUGGCAUAAAGACUGAAAUGUGUUUUCAUGACAAAUAUUCAGCAUGGCUACUUGUCAUUUCCAGCUAAACGACACCCAUCCAGCAUAUAAAAAGGAACUUGAACUCAGCAUCGGCCCACAGUAUGGCUCACUCUGGGCGUAACUGUACUUUUUGUGCGGCAUUGAUGUUCUCCAGAGAUGUUCUUGGUAAAAGAUGAUAACUUUGAGGCGAAGUUGAAGUGGUGGCAGCUUUAACAACCAAACACAGUUUUUAGACUUUCAGUCAGUUUGUCAUUGUUAUGUAUUUUAAUAAAACAGGGUACAGAAAGGCGCUUGUUGGCUGCUAUGGUAUGGCUUUAAAAAAACAAACACUGCAAUUGGGAUCAUUUAAAAAAAAAAGUCCAAUGGCGCCUUUUUUUUUCAAACCAUGAAUGUUAAUGGAUGAUGCACUCGAUCUGGAUGAUCUUUUGACUAAAAUGUUUGGAAAAACACCACAUAAUAAUCUUGAGAUGUUUUAUAAACAUUGAUAUAUUCAUAAUUUAAGAAAACAAAACAAUGUCAACUGUCUUAAAUACGUUGUGUAUCGGUGUGUGAGUGAUAAUACAGUAUUCAUUUUCAUUUUUAAAUGUGUUGCUAUGCUGUAGUUGUUGAGCAUGAAUUAGUUUUUCUAACAUAAAUGAUUAUUUGGAGUCAAAUUUAGAUUUACCCCGGUCAAGCUUAACAUAUAGCAACAAUAAAAAAAAAAGCUUCUCACAAUUUGCUCUGUAUGGAAACUACGGGUUAUGUCCUAUAACAAUGUUUACACACUACAAACAACACAAAUCAUUAUGUCAUCGUCAACAUGGAGGUCAUGACUUACCUGUAAAUCCUCUUUUUCUCCGUCAAACUACGAUUUGCCCUUUUUAUGGGCGCACUGCCGUUAUUAUUGUCUCAUAUUCUCCUCAUGCUGUAUUUUAACUUUCUACGGUCGCGCCGAAGUUGCACAGACAGCUUCCGGCCGGCUCAGCAACACUUCCGCAACAUUAACGGAACACUUCCUGUAUAGAUGGUAAAGUCCGGCCUUCCAAAUAAAAGCAUGCCAGUAAAAUAACGACCAGAAUUUCCCGUUUCCGGUAAAUGUCCCUGAUUUUCAAAUGCAAAUGUUGACAAGAAUGAUUAAUGCAAAAAAAAAAAAGAAAAUAAAAAACAGUCACAAAGCAUGUACCAGUCAUGUGUGUUAUAUACUGUAUAGUGUUUUAUAUGUAUUAUUUUGCACUUCAAAAAGAAUAAAUAAACCUGUUGUUUGCUUUUAAUGAAA